GCUUAACUAGCAAACGUUGCUAGUUAUCUCCGAUUUGUAGGAGAUUUCUAGUGGAUAAGCAGUUUUAGCGCAUCUUCAUACUUCACUACUGUGUUUGCCAUAUUUUCAGGUCAUUCGUUCAGGACACCCAAAGACGGAAACAUUGGGAGAGACAACAAACACAUGGGUAGUUGACAGACCAACGUUGACAUGAAGGGUUUUAUCCUCAUGUUCUUGGGAAUAGUGCACCUUCAUGAAGCAUUUGGUGUGAGUCACUCCAUGAAGUACUUCUCCACCGCAUCUUCUGAAGUUUCCAACUUCCCAGAGUUUCUGGUUGUGGGGAUGGUGGAUGGUGUUCAGAUGGUUCACUAUGACAGCAACAGCAAGAGAGCGGUGCCCAAACAGGACUGGAUGAUCAAGCAGCCAGGCGUACUCUGUGAGACAGAGACAGAGAAUUUAUUCAAUUUAGAGCGGACUUUCAAAGCCACCGUCGAUAUUCUUAAGCAGCAUUUUAACCAAAGUGGAGGAGUCCACAUUCUCCAGUACAUAUAUGGCUGCUCAUUGGAUAAUGAGUCGGAACAGAAAGAGGGGUUUGGACAUCUGGGUUAUAAUGGGGAGAACUUCCUUGAGUAUGACAUGAAGACAUUAACUUGGAAAUCUCUUAAACAACAAGCUGAUUUCAUGCAGGAUAAGUGGAACAGUGACACCAGUAGACUGGUAUUCUGGAAGAUCUACCUCACCCAGACCUGCAUUGAGUGUCUGAAGAAGCAGGUGGUCAAUGGGAAGAGGACUCUGAUGAGGACAGUCCCUCCGUCAGUGUCUCUGCUCCAGAAGACCCCCUCCUCUCUAGUGACCUGCCACGCUACAGGUUUCUAUCCCAGUGGAGUCAUGGUGUCCUGGCAGAAAGAUGGACAAGAACAGCAUAAAGAUGUGGAGCAUGGAGAAACUCUCCCCAACGAUGAUGGAACCUUCCAGAAAAGCACCCGCCUCAGAGUGACGUCUGAGGAGUGGAAGAACAACAAGUAUCGGUGUGUGGUUCAGGUCACUGGUAUCAAGGAGGACUUCAUCAAGGUUCUGACUGAGUCUGAGAUCCAGACCAACAGGGGUGACCCAGCCCCCAACAUUGUCCCCAUCAGUGGAGGGGUGGUGGCUCUCCUCUUGGUCGUUGUUGUUGUUGUUCUUGUUGUUGUUGUUGGGGUCGUCAUUUGGAAGAAGAAGAGUAAGAAAGGCUCUGUUCCAGCCAGCACUAACGACACUGACUCUGCGUACUCUGGGGAAGGUCUCCUGAAGACUUGAGUCCUCUCUGCACUUCUGAAGCCGCUGACGAGGACAGCAACGAAAUAAAAACAACAAAUGCUGAACUUCUCAAAAACAUAACAUUUAUACGUAUACUUACACACACAUCAGUCACACCCACUCCAUAUAUACUGAACAAAAAUAUAAAUACAACCAUUUCAAAGAUUUUGCUGAAUUAUAGUUCAUGUAAGGAAAUUGGUCAAUUUGAAAUAAAUUCAUUAGGGUUGAUCUAUAGAUUUCACAUGACUGGGAAGGGGUGGGCCUGGGAGGGCAUAGAACCACCCACAGGGGAGCCAGGCCUAGCCAAUCAGAAUACAUUUUUACCCACAAAAGGGCUUAAUUACUGAACAAAAAUACUCCCCACUAAUGGGUGUAAACAAAUUGAGCACAGCAUUUGAGAGAAAUAUGCUUUUGUGGUUACGGAACAUUUCUGGGAUCUUUUAUUUCAGCUCAUGAAACAUGGGACCAACACUUUACAUGUUGCGUUUAUAUUUAUGUUAAGUAUAUAUAAAAACAAAACAUCUGGUUUCAAAAAUAUUCUUUGGUGAACAGUUUUACUUUCAUUUAAUUCUUGGUUUGGCUUUUUAAGUUGUGCUGUACUGUCAUUUUUUAAAUUAUAAAAUGUUAUAAUGCCACUGUGUGAUAGACUUAUCUCAGUCUUACAGUUAUAAUCAAUUAAACACCAUGAAAAUGUGUUUCUGGGAAGCAUUAGAUUGUUGUGAGAUGUUAAAUUAAGAUUUGAACUUCUGUUAUUCUAACUGAAGUCACCAAAACAAUCACAUUUUAAAAUAUAUGAAUUUAAACUGGGAAAAACUCUAUUUUGUUUGAAUGUGUAGCAGCGCAGGUGGUGUUAUAACUUUGCUCACACUAACUUUAAUUGCAUGGCUAUAAGCCAGACAAGGCCUGUCCAUAUGUUCCGUUUGUACAUUUUUCUCUUACCGACAGUGGUGUUAUUUUUUUAGCGGUUUGAUUAUGAUGGGGCAUAACACUGUUUUUGACUGUACCUUCUGUAGUUGGUGAUGGCAAGUGAACAUGUAUUGUAAGUGUUUCUACUUUGUACCUUAUGGAUGCAAUACACAUUUGAAGGAAAGUGCCAUACUGGGCCUUUUUUAAUAAUGUUUUCAGUAAGAUAUGUUCUAAACAGCAAAAGAGUUGAAUUGAAACAAUUUGUUUGUAUAUGAGCUUAAGAAGUAAUAAUAUACUGCUCUUUCCAUGACAGACAUACUAGGUGAAAGCUAUGAUCCCUUAUUGAUGUCACCUGUUAAAUCCACUUCAAUCUGUGUAGAUAAAGAGGGAUUUCUAGACAUGGAUUAUUGAGAGAGGGAUGUGUGCCAUUCAGAGGGUGAAUGUACAACAUAUUUAAGUGCCUUAGAACGGGGUAUGGUAGUAGAUGCCAGGUGUACUGGUUUGAGUAUGUCAAGAACUGCAACGCUGCUGGGUUUUUCAUGCUCAACAGUUUCCCGUGUGUACCAGGAAUGGGCCACCACCCAAAGGACUUCCAGCCAACUUGACACAACUGUUGGAAGCAACAUGGGCCAGCAACGCUUUCGACACCUUGUAGAGUCUAUGCCCAGACGAUUUGAGGCUGUUCUGAGGGCAAAAGGGGGUGCAACUCAAUAUUAGGAAGGUGUAUAUUCUGAUGACCUGUAUGAAGGUUGAUGGGGCGGCAGGUAGCCUAGUGGUUAAGUGUUUCGGGCAAGUAACCGAAAGGUUGCUGGUUUGAAUUCCACCCUUACAACAACAAAAAGAGUACUGCACUUUCAACAAUGCAACUGCAGUUGACUGGUAUUUUGCAGAACAGUUGAACUGCAGUUAUACUGCAUUUUUGAUUUUUUUAAAGAUUACUGUGCUCUUGGCUGCAACUGACUAGGUGAGAAAUCUGCCGAUGUGUCUUUGAGCAAGGCACUUGACACUAAUUACUCGUGAGAGUGUCUAUUAAAUGACAUGUAGAUGUUUGAAUAAAAUGCUUAUUUAAAAGGGGGAAUCUGUGCGCUGUUUCUUUUGUCCUCUAAACAAUCAUAUAUAUAGAGACUAGAAUAAAUCAUCUUCUGUAACGUUACUUAUCUGGAGGUCCACAGCACUGCUCAUGUUCAUUCUCUUCUAAUCAGGGACUGAUUCAGACCUGGAAAACCAGGUGAGUGAACUCUGGCCUAUGAAUCAAUGAUAUUUAUUGAUCAAUUAACAGCCAGGCAGAAAAUAGCACUAGCAGUACUUUGGCCCUCUAGGGAUGAAAUGAACAGUGCUAUCAAAACCUGAAUCCUGCCUGGCAACCGUUGACAUCAAUGUUGGUUAAUUUUAAAAUAGUCUUCAGUAUCAACAGUAGCCCAUUUUAUGGAAUGUAGUUUCUGUAAGGGAUGUAAUUCUCUUUAUAAUAACCCACUGGGAACUAUAGUAUACUCCUCAUGUAACUACUGCCACACUAUUCAUAUCCACAGUGACUCAUUUAUCAACUGCAAAAAUGAACAUUUUACAGGAGGAAUAGGCCACAUCAGGUUUUAUGGCAAAUACAUUCCAUUAAUUUAAGCUCCGAAUUAGAACAUGUCACAGUAAAAGUCCUUUGAUAGCACAAACAUUUUGUUUGUAGAAUUUGUACAAUGAACUCCUACAUUAAGGUGGAAAUGUAUAGUAUGUUGCCAACCAAAAGAUAUCUGGGUGAACACAUCUGAUUGGUUUGGGGCAUGUAUUUGUGUUUCAGGAAACAGUUUGUUAGAGGCAGAUAUGCUGGAUAAGAACAAUAAGGACUGCAUUUUACUUUCUACUUAAACUGUUGCUUAUGAGGUUGUUAUUUGACCUUUUAGUAUGCUAAAGCAUUUGACUAAACCUCUUCAAGUUACUAAGUUGUCAAGUCACAACUCUCAUCACACUUUACAGAGAAAAUUAAAGGUUUAUAUGAAACAA